GCAUGAUCCAACGAUAAGCGGAAGUACUGCAAUCCUGUGCUGUGUGCAUGUUGUGUCCCCAAAAAUCAAAAAUAAAUUCAAAAUCCAGUCAUGGAACAAAAUAAUGACGGGAGCCUGGCCCAGGUCCGGCAUGUUGUGUUGGUCCUGUCAGGGAAAGGAGGUGUGGGAAAGAGCACCAUCACCACAGAGUUAGCACUGGCUCUCAGGCAUGCUGGCAAGAAGGUUGGUAUCCUGGAUGUUGACCUGUGUGGGCCCAGUAUCCCGCGCAUGCUGAAUGUGAGCCAGACAGAUGUGCACCAGUGUGACUCAGGCUGGGUGCCAGUCUACACAGACCCAGAGAAGACCCUCGCCCUAAUGUCCAUCGGCUUCCUUCUGGAUGACCCAGAUGAAGCUGUGGUGUGGAGGGGGCCCAAGAAAACAGCCUUGAUCGGCCAGUUUGUGUCAGAUGUAGCAUGGGGAGAGUUGGAUGUGCUGCUGGUGGACACACCGCCGGGAACAUCUGAUGAGCAUUUGGCUGUACUGGAGAACCUUAAAAAACACAGAGUGGAUGGAGCUGUUUUGGUCACCACACCACAGGCGGUGUCUACGGGGGAUGUAAGGAGAGAGAUCACCUUCUGUAAGAAGACAGGUGUACGAAUCCUGGGCAUCAUAGAGAACAUGAGUGGCUUUGUUUGUCCACACUGCUCUGAAUGCAGCAAUAUAUUCUCAAAGGGCGGUGGUGAAGAAUUGGCCAAGCUGACUGGAUCAGUAUUCCUAGGUUCCGUGCCCUUGGAUCCUCUGCUCAGCAGCAGUAUAGAGGAGGGCAAAGACUUCAUACAGUCCUUUCCUGACAGUGCCACCUUCAGUGCUAUCAGCGGUAUUUCACAGACUCUGCUCAACAGUCUCCAAACAGCCUGAACCGUGACAUUAAUCUGCUCAAAUAUCUAGAUUAUGUUCACAUUUUAGUACAUGGGAUCUGGGGAAAUGUCCAAUAACUAAUGCAAGAGCCAUUAGUUGCUGUGAAAAUGUAAAGAUUUCUAUGUUGCAUUUUGUCCUGUACAGUUGAACAUUAUAGAGAAUUAUUUACUGAUUAUCUUCUUUUCUACUUGAUUUAAAAUCUGCAUAUGUCAGCAGUACACUGCAGGCUCGAGCGCCGUUUACUUUUGCAGUUUUGCAGUUCUUGAGGCAGUAACCACAGAGUGAAGGUUAUCAGCAGUCACAUCAGAGUGAAACAGGACGAGAUGAAUACUGAAUAAUUCAGCUAGUCUUUGUUUUACAGCAUUAGGGACAUAAGUUUGUAAUAAACAUACUAAAAAUAAAA